CAACAACAACAACAACAACAAUCUUUACCACCAACUUCACAUGGUCAUCAGGUUCAUGCACCUUUACCACCGAUUCAUGAUGAUAGUACUAGCUCAAGAUGGACACAGUAUCAACAUCUUUGGCGACAGCAUCAUGUUUAUAUGAACGGUAGGAACUUUGGGAUUAGAGGAGGAGGGAAGCAAGGGAAAGAUGGACCGGAAGAAAAGAAGGAUGCCGAUGGAGAGUUAUGGGGCAACGUGGAAGCGCAGGCCGCCUUCCUCGGGCCUAAUUUAUGGGACAAAACUUUGCCCUACGAUGCCGACCUGAAGGUAUUGAACCAUUACGUGGACCUGGACGAGUUUCUCUCCGAAAAUGGCAUCCCUGUUGAUGGUGUAGCCGGUGGUGGGCAAGGUACUAUGCAAGGUGUACAAUUGCACAAGAUCAACAAUACUGAAGCUGCGAGUCAUCAGGGACCAGCAAGUCUUCAUUUAGAACCGGUCACCAAAAGAGAAAGGUCACCCUCGCCGAGUGAGGGUUGUUGUUCACCUGACACCUUAAACCCACCUUCACCAGCGGACUCCAAUUCGGAGGACUCGUCACGAAUACAAUAUGGCUUCUCUCUUGUAGCGCUCUCAAUGGCGUCAUCGGGACGAGAUUUCGAUCCACGAACAAGGGCCUUUUCCGACGAGGAACUUAAACCACAACCGAUGAUCAAAAAGUCACGGAAACAGUUCGUUCCGGAUGACUUGAAGGAUGACAAAUACUGGGCGCGUCGUAGGAAGAACAACAUGGCGGCGAAACGAUCACGAGACGCACGACGCAUGAAGGAAAACCAGAUAGCUCUCAGGGCCGGCUUCCUUGAGAAAGAAAACAUGGGUCUACGGCAAGAAUUGGAUCGGUUAAAGAACGAAAAUAUGUUGCUGCGUGACAAGCUGAGCAAAUAUACGGACGUCUAACAGCAGCCAUUUAGUAGCAGCAGCAGCAGUUAAAACAAAAGAAAAUAAUAAAAAAAAAAAAGAAAUUUAUAAGGGCAAAAGCAAAAGCAAAAAGAGCAUCAAGAUCAGUCAAACAAGCCAGCCAGUCAGCCAAUCAGCAAGCCUGCCAAUCAGCAAGCCAGCCAAUCAGCAAGCCAGCCAAUCAGCAAGCCUGCCAAUCAGCAAGCAAGCCAGCUAGCUAGCAACAGAAGCAGAAGCAGCAAAAGUUAAGCAGAAACAACAAAAAGUGCAGCAGAAACAGCAACAGAAACAAAAGUUCAGCAGCAGCAGCAGCAACAAGAGCAACAUCAGCGACAGCAACAAGCAGCGGCAGCAACUAAAAACAAAAAGUUCACCGGCGGCACUACCAACAAAAACAACAAACGACGAUUCUAGGAGGAUUACAAACAACAGACCACGAAACAAAAUUGAAAGAAAAAAUUUUGUGUGUCGUUUAUACCCUAUAUUCCUCCUUCCUCCAAUUUUCACACUUACAAUUUCGUCGUCUCAUUUAAAGAAAGAAAUGAAAAGAAGAGAUUAUAUAUUGAAAAAAAAAUUAAAACAAAAAUAAAAAACAAAAGAAGGAUAGAAGGAUGAUAGAAAGAAAGAAAUAAAGAAAGAAAGGAAAAGGAGUGUGCCGAUGAAGAUCAGAAUUAAGAUAACAAUACAAAAAAAACUUCAGGAAAAGAAAAAUAAAUU